AUGGCCAACGGCAGGACGGGCUUUGGGGGGCCCCAGAGGCCUUGCCUCCUCCUCUCCGUCUUCCUCGCCUGCUCGCUUUGGCACAGUAAGUUUCUGUGGAGGAAAGCUGCUUCCCUCUGCAGGAGGGCAGCUGGGCAGCCAGCCGGGCAGAGAGCGAGGCCAGGAGGGGCAGCGAGGAUCUUCCUGCCAGGUUUCAGCUGCCUGGAAGAUUUCCAAGGCUUGGACGGGUUGAAAUGGGCUGAGGCUGCUUGGGUCAGGUUUCCAGGAGGCCUGCUUUUCUGGUAUUUUAGGCGGUGGUGUGGGAGUGAGUUAAGACUUUUUGCUGGGUCUGGGUUGCUCUGGGUUUUAUGACUGCAUGGUGGAAGCCACCUUUGGAGACUCAUUGCCCUAAAAAGCGGCUUUUGAAACUGCAAUAAGCCAGAAACCCACCAUCCAGCCCCAUUUCUUCCCCUCUCCAUAAGUGGGCUGCAUUCCUCUCACCACCAUCAGCAUAUGUCCAGCCAUAGUCAUUGGGUGUGCGGGGGGCAGGGCAAUGACUUGGGAUCUUAAGUUGCAUUAUCCAUAUUAUCUACACGGACUGGCAGCACUUUAGCUGUGAUUCCUGCACUGCAAAGGGGCUAGGUGACGUCACUAGCAGCAACCCUACAGUUCUGUGAUUCUAUGAAUUUUCUUGAGUUCAUGGGUGCUCCGUCUGUCUCCCCCCUGUUUUCUUCAGGAGAUCCUUCCUACUUCUCUUUAGAAGUGCAACAGUAUAAUUUUUCUGGUAUAUUGGGCAGAUGUUGUUCUUUCCCCUCCCUCCUUAACAGACGAAACUCAUUGGGUGCGUCCAAGGAAGCUAGAUGUUGGGAGACAAAAGCAAGGUCUUCCCCACACAUUUAAAACAUUAUGGGACUCACUUCCACAAGUGAUGGCAUCUAACUUGGGCAACUUAGACAGGAUGAGACAAAUUCAUGCAGAAAGAGGAAGAGGAGAGGGCUGUCAGUGGCUACUAGCCACAAUGACUGUUUUCCCUCCGGUGUCAGAGGCAGUAAAUGCCUCUGAGUAAUGCCACUUACUGGAAAUGGCAGUGGGGGCAAUUGCUCUUGCUGUGCCCAGGUCCUGUUUGUGAGCUUCUACCCUUUGGGGCAUCUGGUUGGCCACUAUGGGGACAGCAGCUGCCCCCCUAAAUCAAGUAAAUCAAUAAAAAGUAACCCAGGUUCUGCACCCCCCCCAACAUAAAGCCUGGCCACUCCCAUGGUAGGGAGCAGGGUUGCCAACUUGAAUAAAAUAUGGCAGGGGUGGGGGGGAGCCCAAACCCAACAUAAUUGAUCACAUGAUCCGGUGCACCCACACCAUUUGAAUGGCAAUAUCCAUCAACUUGGGGGAGGGCGGCCCUCUCAAAUAUUUUAUUAGUGAGACCAAAGCCCCCUCUGCCCCUUAGAGUUGGCUCCUAUGGUAGGGAGCAAGAGCAAGGGGGGGGAGGGCUCAGGGAAUUGAGGGGGAGAAGUUGGAGAUCCACACUUAGGUGAGCAUGAAGGGGAAAGGGUUUUAUUUAUUCCGUGCUGUGCUUCUUUCCCCUGCUUCAAUAAAAUUCCCAGGGCAGCGAGCUCCUAACAUUUCAACGUGCAACAACUCCAAAUGGAAAGCCCCCUAAAAUGGUUCCUUGUUACCAAAGCUUUCUUCAGUUCCAUCUUGAAGGAGUCCACUUGGUCCACCCUGAGAUUUCAGGGGAUGCAGGAGAGAGAGAUCAAUAUCCCAGAGUCAGUACAGGAGAGCGGUUGGGCAGUUGGGAAGGGCCUCUCACCUUUGGGAGACAGACACUGCCCCUUCCCUCCGGGGGGGGGGGGGAGGUGCUAGUCCUGUGGCUGUUUCAUUUCCGGAGGGCUGAGUAAGCUGAGCUGCAGAUGUCGUGGCACAAUCUGGAGCACAGCUGUGUUGCAUAGGAAGUGGCUCAAGGAAGCAGUCAAGGAAAUGAACCAAGGGGCACCACUAGUUCAGAUAAGCUGCGUCCUGCCUACGCAUUUCGCAAAGCAGGGGGAGUAAACCUGGAUAGAGAAAAGUUUCCUUCUUUCUCUCAUAAUGCUAAAAGUCAAGGACAUCUAGUGAUGCUUAAUGUUGGAAGAUUUAGAACAGAUAAAAGGAAGAACUUCUUCAUCCAGCACAGAGUUAAAAUGUGGAACUUGCUCCCACAGGAGGCAAUGAUGGCCAACAAAUUUGAUGGCUUUAAUCCAAUUUCAAAGAGGGCAGGACUGUCAGUGGCUACCACCAUGAUGACCAUACUCUGCCUCUAAUCAAAACAUGGAAACCCUUCCAAAUCCCAUUUGCAGGAAACCACAGGAGGUAGAGAAUCUCUUGUGACUGAAUACUGCUUGCAAGCUUCCCACUGGGGCAUCUGAGAGAACAGGAUGCUAGACUAGAUGAGCCCCUUUGGCCUGAUCAAGUGACAGGGCUAGUUUCAUGUUCUUAGGAGAGCUUUAUAAACGUUGAGGGGAGCAACCCAAUGCACCCGGAGGAGGAAAAACAAGCAGCAGUCAACAUAGAAAUUUAAGGCUUGUCCUCGGAAGGUCUUUUUUCUAAGGCAGAGGCAGAGUUAGCUUUCCAGACUCAGACAAAAUGCAUUCUCUACCCCAGGAGUAUUUUUUUUAAACUAUACACACACACACACACACACACACAAGGUCCCCCUCGGCCAGACUCAGAUCUAGGCUUUAUUUCACCCUUGUCACAGCUUGGCACACACACACACACAGGUUAAGAGCCUCAAUGGCACCCAUUUGGAGGCUUCACUCAGGGCAAAAAAACCUGGCUAGCCCCCCUGUAAUUACGGCUCUGCCUGAAAAAACAGGAGUAGAGCAGAGAUUCUAUCCCUUUCUGCAGUGGAGUCUUGGAGGGCCAAAGUGUGGCUUUGCAGAGGCCCUUUCUGGCUAGGCCUCCUCUGAAUAUGUAAGUUGCAUUGAGUAAAACAUUCCUACACUGCUUUCCUCUGAAAAUCUGGAGAUGACGCACAACAGCUGGUGUCAGUCUGGCACUCAAGCAAACUCUUCUGUUUCUUUCUAGCCAUAUCCUCAAAGGACAUCCAGCCACGUUGCUUCACAGACUAUGACUCCGAAGUGGUUUGUUCCUGGGAAGUGGACGCCUCUACCGACUGCCCCAAGAAGUUCCUCCUGCGUGUUGCAGCGAAUAAUCGAUUCAGUGGCCAAAAGUAGGUCAUGCUAUGAAAUGUGAGAACUGCCACCCAAUCUCCUCUUUCCUCUGUUGGGUGUUUUGGGGGCUGGUGGUACCCUCCUUACCCCUGUGAGUUUUCCAAACUCAGAAUAAGAAACGCAGGAUCCAAAGGGUUUCUCAUUCUACUUUUCACUGGACCACUUGUGGUUGGAGAACUUCCAAGGUGCACAGAUUUAUGUCGUCUGGCACGCUUGCAACUUUUCCUGGGGAAUCCACAGCCUGGUGCAGCUGGAGGCAUUGCAAAACCCCUCUCUCACUUGGGCUGAGCUUUCCCAAAUCGAGGUUGUGGCAGAAAUAAUCCGAGUGUUGUCUACUUUGAAAACAUCUUUUAAGUCUUGCCAUUGUUCCAGGAAAUCACAGAAGUGUUCUCCUAAGAACAAGAGAGGCCUGGAUGUGACCCCCAAGUGUACUUGCACCAUUCGGUCUGACGUACUGAAUAAUUUCAAGUAUCGUUUCUCGCUGGAGGCCAAUGGGAAAGAGAUCUGGAAGAUGACGAUUAAGGACCUUCGUAAAAUUGGUAAGGGACCCUUUGGUCUGCAAGAUCCUUCUUGCGCAUCCUUAGAGGCUGAUCUGAAGAACAAGACAAGAGUAGCAGAAUACAAGUGUGGUGGGCACAGAUCAUUUGUCUUCACGAUUAGCACCAAUCAAUGCUGAGAGACCUUCCUUAGCCGCUCCUGCAUCCGCCUUAGUACGUUAUGCAAAGUCACCACCUUAAACAGUGGCAGGUUUAUUGUGGCAGAAACCUUUGCAAUGGAGAGCCCCCUUCUUCAGGUGCCUGGAGGGGGAUACUCCAGUUCUGGAGAGAACUUGGAGAGGUUGAGGUCUGUCCUCCAGGGUGAAAGGUCUGCCGCUUUGACCAGCCCUUCCUUACAAAGUUGUCUUCCCUGAGAGGCGAGCAGGGGCCCCUUUUGCCUCCCCACAUCCUUCUCUUUGUUGUCUUCUUCCCGAAUGCAGUGAAACCCCGACAGCCUGUCAACCUGAAACUUGAGAUGGGGGAUGGCGGAUACAUCCUCACCUGGGAAGAUGGCUAUAAUGAAGAGAACAUUCUCCAUAAAAAUUCGGAAACAGACUAUGAAGUUGCCUUUUGGCAAGAAGGCCUGCCGGAGGACAAGGUAGGCACACCUUCCCAGCAUGCUCCUCUCUGUACAAUCACCUGGAAUAGUGCUGCAAAUUUAUUAUUGUUAAUCAGUUAAUUACAUUUAUAUCCCACCCUUCCUCCCAAAGGGAACCCAGGGUGGUAAGCUCAUCCAUGUUAAAACAAUGCCAUUAAAACAAAAAUUAAAAAUACUAAAACAACCACAUACACUGGGGGGGGGGGGGGAGACCUUCUGCGUCCUGAGCAGAGGUUGAUGUUUCAGAAUACCCCUCUCCCCACCCCCCUGCUCUGCCUCAUGCUGGUUGACAUGGCAUCUUCCCUGCCCUUCCAUGACACUUUCUUUGGGCAGCUCUGCAUGAGAAAGUGCCUUCAUUGUUCUCUCUGAUGUCUAUCAAGGACCAUUCACAGAAUCCAUUUGUUCUAGUGAAAGUCAUUGCCCCCCCCACCACCACAUGCACACAACAAUACAAAUGUUCAGCUGCUCUUUGUGGCAAAAUAGACAGGCAGAUUGCCCUAGUUGCCUAUGCAGACCAGUGUGCAGAGCUGCAUUUGAGAAAAGGGGAGUAUAUGUGGUUUUCAGCCAUCACUACAGGAGUAGCAUUUAUUAAUUUCUAGGCUUUAUCCUUAAUCUAUAACAAUAUAUUUGGCAGAUGAUUUUAUGCCCCUCACAAGUGGGGCACACACAAGAACAGUGUGUUGGCUUUUAUGACUUCUCAGAGUAGACUGGCUUGAGAUCAGGGCCACCAGCCCCAAGCCAUUGCUUUCCUUUGGAUCACAGAACCUAGGGGAGGGGUGGCAGAUGCAGCCUUCCAGGCCUCUUUCACCGCCCCAUUACUGUUCCACACACUCCUAGUUCUUUGGCUAGGCUGAAUUGCAUCUUUUCUUCCUUGUCUGGAUGGAGGAAUGAGCCCAGCCCUGGGUCCCUGGCUGUGGCUAUCCCCCCACCCCUCAGGUGAGAAAUGGCCAGGCUCAGGAGGAAGGGAAGGAGAUUCUUCUGCCCUGGAGCCUUCUGUCAUUUGGUCUAAAGCCCUUUGACUUCAUCUACAAAGCUUUCAUUCCCUUGUCCAUUGCUACAUAAGAGUCCAAAAGCAAUUUCCUACCAUAUCCCAAAAUUAUCUCCUUCCAUAGAAAGUUGAGAAAGAGAAGAAUUCCACUCACCAGAAGAACCCCCUCCCAGUGUUUUCCUGUGGUGUGGGAAGGACCACAUAAUGUAAACCUAUUUGCUUCUCGGUUUCCCCCCCCCCUCCAAAGGCACGCAAACGCAUGACGACGGACAUGCAACUUAACAUCGCCACAGGGAGUCUCAUGCCAGCAAGGAUCCAUUUUGCUAAAGUGCGUCAGAAAAAUUAUUUCGUCGGGGACACCUGGAGUGAUUGGAGCAUCCCGAUAAGUUGGCGAACAGAUGGGUGGAUCGGGUAG